AUGUCUGAAUAUGAUGAUGAGGAUAUGGACUACUCAGAUCAGGAUGACUAUGAAGACUAUUACAAUGCUGAUCGUGAUGUAAUGAGUCCACCACACAAUCCCGAUGCUGAAUAUUUUCCUGUUCAAUGCCUCUCUGUUGACGAGGUUGAAAAAUUUUUGAAUGAACUUGUUGAACAGUUGUGUACUAGUAUACAUGUAACACCAUCAAUGUCUAAAGUUUUACUUUAUGAAAACAAAUGGGCUGUUCAGGAUGUAUUGUGGAAGUAUAAUGAAGACGCCGAUAAGCUUUUUGUCGCAUCCAGAAUGAAAACAUUACAGCCAGUAUCGGUUAAAACAAAAAGAGAUAAAUUUGUUUGUCCAGUCUGUGUGGGGCCAGUAGCUGAAGAAUUAGGAUUACUAAUUGGCUUGUGGACAGUGUUAUUUAUAUUAAAUCACAUCCAUUUAACGCUUUUGCCUGGAGCUAACUGUACGGCAGUCAUUAAAUCGAAAGAAUCUCUUGCCAAAAAAGCUAUAUGUACUCAGUGUGAAACUUCAUUUUGUUUCAAAUGCGGAAACGACUAUCAUGCCCCCACAGAUUGUGCCACCAUUAAAAAAUGGAUUACCAAAUGUGCAGAUGAUAGCGAAACAUCAAAUUACAUCGCAGCCAACACCAAAGACUGUCCUAAAUGUAAUAUUUUUAUUGAAAAAAAUGGUGGCUGCAAUCACAUGCAGUGUUUAAGUUGUAAAUUUGAUUUUUGCUGGAUGUGUAUGGGAGAUUGGAAAGCACAUGGCACUGAGUAUUAUGACUGUUCUAAGUAUAGAGAAAACCCUCAGAAUGGUUCAGAAUCUGCUAAAGCUCGCGAAGCAUUAAAAAAAUAUCUCCACUACUAUGAACGUUGGGAAAAUCAUUCUAAAAGUUUGCAAUUGGAGAAACAAACGCUUGAUAAAAUCAAAGAAAGAAUUAAUAGUAAAGUGAUGACAAGUAAAGGUACAUGGAUUGACUGGCAAUACCUGUUGGAUUCUGCUACUUUACUAGCCAAAUGCCGGUAUACUCUUCAGUAUACUUAUCCAUAUGCAUAUUAUAUGGACAAUGGACCAAAGAAAGAACUAUUUGAAUAUCAACAAGCCAAACUGGAAGCUGAAAUUGAAAAUCUAUCAUGGAAGAUAGAACGAGCAGAAACUACCGAUAGAGGUGAUCUAGAAAAUCAAAUGGAUAUCGCUGAAAAAAGAAGAGCGACUAUGCUUCAAGAUUUUUUCCACAUUUAA